AUGUCGCCGAUGACAAGGGGAUGGAGAAAGUCACUAAAAGAACGAGCACGCACGUCGUUCGUGACAACUUUGACCCGGAGCGGCUUCUCGAGCGACGUCUGCAGGCGACGACUGGGCUGAACACGGCGACCGUCUCUCCGUGCUCCUGAAGCCGCACGCACACACGCGCUCAGGCGACUGUAGCCUCGCUUCCUCCUCUCCUGUCAGACAAGUGAAGCUGGGAUGGCGCCUACCUUGGCCACGGCCUUCGCCCGCCGUUGGUGGAUGGCGGUGACGGCGGUCAUCGAGAGCCUGCUUUUCUCUGCUGUGCUCCUGGGCUGGGGAUCCCUGCUCAUCAUGCUCAAGUCAGAGGGCUUCUAUUCCUACCUGUGCAAAGGGCCAGACAGCAACAGCUCCAACAUCAGUCUCUCUAACACGUCAGACGCUGAGGCGUCCGAUGCCGAGGAGUACCUGGAGAUGAACGGCUGGCAAAUCUGCAAGGACCAGGAUGAGAUGCUUAACCUGGCCUUCACCGUGGGCUCCUUCCUGCUCUCAGCGAUCACCCUGCCGAUGGGCAUCGUCAUGGAUAAAUACGGGCCGCGGAAACUCCGACUUCUGGGCAGUGCCUGCUUUGCUUUCUCCUGCCUCCUCAUUGCCUAUGGAGCCAGCGAUCCCAACAGACUGUCCAUCCUGAUCUUCUUUGCCUUGGCCAUGAACGGAUUCGGAGGCAUGUGCAUGACUUUCACUUCUCUGACGCUUCCCAACAUGUUCGGAGACCUCAGGUCGACCUUCAUCGCCCUGAUGAUCGGAUCCUACGCCUCCUCUGCUGUUACUUUCCCUGGGAUUAAGGUGAUCUAUGACCUGGGUGCUACUUUCAUCUCCAUCUUGCUGGUUUGGGCCGGUUGCGCCUGUCUGGUCUUCCUUAACUGCUUCAUCAACUGGCCUCUGGAGCCCUUUCCUGGCCCAGAGGACAUGGACUUCACAGUGAAGAUCAAGUUUAGCUGGCUGGGAUUUGACCACAAAAUCACAGGGAAGCAGUUUUACCGGCAGGUGACCACGGUGGGGCGCCGUCUGAGUGUGAGCAACUCAGCGAAGCCGCAACACCAGCCGUCCAAAGACCUCACAUCACAGGACGCCAGCAAGAUGUGCCUGUCCACUGUCGACCUGCAGGUGACGUGCAAGCCGCCGCAAGGUGAUCAGACGUUCAUGAAGAGUGUGUUGAGCCCCAUCUUCCUCCUGAGCCUCAUCACUAUGUGUGUCACCCAACUGCGCCUCAUCUUCUACAUGGGCGCCAUGAACACCAUCCUGGAGUCGCUGACGGAGGGAGAUCUCAGCACGGUAAGCACAUACACGUCCAUCUUCGGCGUACUGCAGCUAUUGUGUCUGGCGACGUCCCCGGUGAUUGGCUACGUCAUGGACUGGAGACUGAAAGACUGUGAAGACGAAAAUGAUAAGAGUACUGUGAGGGAGCCUGGCCAGCCUCGUCGGCCUGACAAAAGGAUUCAGAAGAUAGUCAAUUCCACCCGAGCCUUCAUCUUCACCAACUUACUCCUGGUGUGCUUUGGAGUCACUUGCAUCAUGCCCAGCCUCCCACUUCAGAUUUUGUCUUUCAUCCUACACACAAUUGUCAGAGGCUUCAUCCAUUCAGCAGUUGGAGGCCUCUACGCUGCCGUGUACCCUUCUUCUCAAUUUGGCAGCCUGACAGGCAUGCAAUCUCUGAUCAGUGCUCUGUUCGCCCUGCUACAGCAGCCUCUAUUCAUGGCCAUGGUGGGACCCCUGGAGGGAGACCCCUUAUGGGUGAACGUGGGCCUCUUGGCGCUGAGCAUGCUGGGAUUUUGUCUGCCCGUCUACCUGAUGUGUCACAGCCGACACCUCCAGCGUCUCAGAGACGAGCGCGACGACGACCCAAAGAUUUACGUCAAGAUGGAAAACGGGAGCAAGAUUGAGGCCUACGUUUAGACCGAGAGGAAGCACUGAGAUGAGGAUGACUUCCAGAGACUUGGUGAGAUGAACUACACAGAUGACGAGAAGAAAAGAGGCAAGACGGGAGUGGCAGAGGUCGCUUGCCUCUUGUGGGGACUCCAUACUGUUGCUGUGGCGCCUCUCUGGGUUUGUCAGUGUCCUGAAUAUGCACACAAUCACAAACACAGUCAUUGCUGGCUAACUGUGUUUCCUGCACCACUGCACACAGUUUCACCAUCACUGACAUUGAACACUGUGAGAAACUGGAUACACACAAAGACAUGCAUACAGCAUGCACGUUAUUUCAAGUUCCCUGGCGGCACAAAUGUAUCACUAAAGUGAGCAGUAAACAGCGACGGAAAGCAACGCUGCCUGUAACAAGACAUCCCUUUCAACCUAUUUCCAUUUUUAUUAUCCAAAUCAUACUCUGCCUUGUUACUGCUCAGUCUGUUCUUCUAAUGAGAGAUCGGAACAGCACCCUAAAUGGAAAGCCCCAGUGCGCAAAUUUACCAGAAGAGUAAAUGGGUACUGGGCUUUGAAGCCACAACACAAAUAUAUAACCAUGAGGACUUCUGCUUUGGGACUGGUGUGCUCUCACAUAACAAAAGACUGACUCCAAUUGUGGCUCAAGUAAUCUUUUCUUGCACUUGAACUUGAGGGCAUUAAAAGAAAACACAGACAGUAGUAUUGGUAGCAAAACGGUGGUGGAAAUAUGUUAGUUAAGUCACGCCGACAUCAUGCAGCGUAAGAAAACGUUUUCACUGCAUGUUAGAGACUCAGGCUGCUUGCUGCGUUGUGUUCAAACUGCCCUGUCUGUAAACUUUGUAUCGCCACAUUAUAUCCAAGUUUAAAAAUGUGCUCUUUUUCUUUUAUGUUUUGCAGGAUAUUGUUCUAUCAUUGUUGCUUAUAUAUGUUACAAUCAUGUCAGGUUUAAGAAAAGGAGACUGUGUGUAAAAGGCGUGGUGUGGCACUGGACUGCCACGUCAUUUGUUAGUGUGGCUUAGCUGUAGCAAUAAGCGCCUCUGUGAGUUGCCAGCCAAUCACACAGUCAAGCAGCAUACAUUCGUUUACAUUUUUCCGGUACUCUAUUUUGAAAAUUUUACAAUGUGUUCAAUAAAAUGCAGCAAGAGGAGAAACUGGAAUCACUUUACAUACUGUAUAUUUCCUUGGUUUCUUUUCCAUUUGUUUUGAUCCUGACUGUAAAGCAAAGUGUAAAAGCGAUAGCAAUACAUUUACACUCACCUCUAGAGAGACAAAGGGAACAUUUUACAAUGACGUCUGAAUAUGAGCAAUAGAAUCCGAAGGGGUGAGAAUAGCUGCAAAUAUCUUAUGUUGACAAUCCAAAGAUGUGUUCUGUCUGGCAUUAACUCACAGAGGCACUUCAAAAGAUGGCCAUCACCCUAAGAGUGCCUCUCUUUAUGUACAAAUGAUGGAAGAAGUGUGUCGCACCCCUCUACCUUCCAUCUUUUGCUUCCAUCCAUCCAUCCAUCCGUCCAUCCGUCUGUCCACUAAUGACUCCUCAUGACAGUGGACUGAGCUGAGAGUCAAGCCUCGGCCCCGUUAGAUGCUUCCCAUGAACGACUCACUGAGAAACGAAUGGCACACGAUGCACUUUAGACCCCUAGAACGGAUCUGUAUUUCUGAAUAGUUUUGCUCCUGUAUGGGGCAAGAACAAUGCUCGGCUGCUGGCUGGUGGUGCAUGUCGCAAAAUAAUGUAAAAUCGAAAUAUGGGAACAGAAAGACAGAAUAUUUUUUUUAAUAAACACGCGCAAAAGAAUAUAUUUCAUAGCAUGAGCAUUACGUUGAGUUUAUGUGCAGCAUUGGGUUUAUGUGCAGGGCACAAUAUGAGUCUUGCCUCUCAGCUCAAGAAUGUCCAUCUAGACAGAUUGGAGGCCUUCUUAAGUUCAUAAAUGUAUGCAAACUUACUUAAAUUUCAGUGGCUAUAUUUACGUGAACAUAAUGAUGACUUUUCCGCUGGUUUUUGUUCAGCAUGCAUGAUAUUUAUGCAAAUGUGACUGACUGACAUAAUUUUGUACUUUUAAGCCUCUCGCAGAUGCAGAUACAGUGUGUAACAAGAGAAAUCUAAGAAUAGAGAUAAACUUAGAAUAAUUCAUUUUACACGUUAAUAUAGCCAUUGUUUUUCGGUUGUUUGUUUUUCAAAGUAUAUAUUGUUUUGUUCAGGCCAGACAGUGCGCACACGUUACACUUUUUUAUUUAAUUUCAACCAAUACUAUAGUCAGCUUAGAUCCACAAACAAGCUUUUGUACUAUUCAUACAUUGUGCGCACAGAAAAUGUCCUACGAUCAGUGUGUCCUACGUUAAUUUUUCACAUGUCACUGCAUUAUAUUUUCUUUCACCCUUAUGUUUUCAAAGAGAACUGAAACAAUGAGUGAUGUGUUGUCAGCUAAAAUCUCUUAUUUGCUCCCAAUGGAGAGAAUGACUGCAUUUUUCCUUCGUGUUAUAAAUGACACCCCAUCUAUUCUUGAUUUCAUCACCUCUCUGGUCUGAUGUGAUUAAUCACAGCCUCCUAGGCUAAUGAAUUUGCAGUCUGACUGAUGUAUUGAUGAACUGUUUGUCCAGUGACUGUCAAUCAAGGUGCCAUAUAUUCCCUUAAGAUGCUUCAAGUUAUGUUUGUGAUGAUCGAAAUCUGAGCUGAAGCUUUCUUUUUUUCCCUUUUUCUUUACUCCGUUGACAGGAAAUUUUGUAUGAACAUGUUUUUAUUUCAACUUCUUAGUUGUUUUUAGGUUUUCAAUUCCCUCCCCCAAUUUUCUUACGUUAUUAUAUUUUAUUUUAUUAUUGUAUCACAAUCUAUACAUUGUCCUUUUAAAUCAUGUUGUAACUUGAUGAAAAAAAAAAUCCAUUCAAAGAAUACAGUUUAAUUUGUAUAGUGUGUAAUUAAAACACCAGUAAUGCACA